AUGGAUCACACUGGGCAGCUGCAUUCUCUUUCUCUUUCUAGUUUGAUUGGAUGGUUAUGCAGAAGUUUGAUUCCUUCCGCUCUGGGUUUCUCGAUUUCUGUAUGUUCCUGGGUCCUGGUUACUGCGCUACCGUUGACAUAUGAAAUCGAGGUCGGUGCUGCUGUCAAAAGGUUCAGCGUGUCCGACAACGGAGCAGUUGGCGAUGGAUAUCAGGGAAGAUCAUAUCACCAAAAGAUCCAAAUGCAUGGAAGCGGUACGAUCCAGCAAAGUGGGUUGACUUUUGAGAAAGUGAAUGGGCUCAACAUAAGUGGCCCGGGCUUGUUUGAUGGAUAUGGCGAUGGCUGGUGGAACAUAUCCUGCAAGUGGAACACCAAGCCUGGAUGCAAUAAGCUCGCCCCAACUACGCUCCGUAUCGAAAAGUGCAAUGGAGUGAGUUUGCAAAAUCUGCACUUCAAGAACAGUCCUCAGGUGCAUGUAACUGUUUAUGGAAGCAGCGACGUUCAUUUAAAGUUCUUGAACAUUUCCGCACCUGACGAGAGCCCCAACACCGACGGAAUCCACAUUCAUGCAUCUCAUGCUGUCUCUGUUCAAUCUUCAACCAUAGGCACCGGUAAUGCAUUGCUUUCCUCUGAGACUAUCUGCGAUGAUUGCACCUCGAUGGGCGAUCAUAUCUCGAAUAUCAGUAUCAAUGACAUAAAGUGCGGACCUGGUCAUGGCAUAAGCAUUGGAAGCUUGGGAAGGGGUGGAAAUGAAGUAAGUGUGAGCAACAUCAACGUGAAGAACGUUCACUUUCAUGGGACAACUAAUGGAGCUAGAAUUAAAACUUGGCAGGUGGGAAGAGGCCGAGUUAGCCAAGUUUUUUUCUCGAAUCUCAACUUCACCGCAGUGAAAAACCCCAUCAUCAUAGACCAGUUCUACUGCCAUACUCCAAGUGCUUGUCCCAAGACGGACACUGGAGUACAGAUAAGCGACAUGCAUUACCACAUGGCAUUUGGGACGUCCAGAACGAAAGUGGCCAUCAACCUAAAUUGCAGCGAAAACGUCCCAUGCACCAACAUCAACUUGGACACCAUCAAACUGGAAUCUGCGAGCGGAGGAGAGGAACCCAUUUCUAGCUGCAACAAUGCCUUUGGAACUGCAAAAGGAACCGUCGAACCCAAGUCCUGCCUUCAGUGA